GUGUGUUGCUUAUCUUUAUCUGUCAGAUUAGGUGGAAACAUUCACUGAGAAUAAUCUGGUAUUUUUAGAGGGGACUCAACGUUCUUUUCUACGAGCAUAACAUUUACACGUUAAAAUUUAUACUCGCGCUGAAACUUAGUUUUAAAAUAUUUACAUUAAGUCAUAAUAAUGAAUAGUUUCAUAGUCUACAGAAAUUUAAAAAGUUUUCUCUGUUUUUCAAAUCAUCUUCACUCGAUAGUAUAGACAUGCAUUAGUGCAAAUUGUACAGAUAAAUUGUUGCUCUUGGUGUGUUCGCUAAAAAAACGUACUGUACUCUUCAGAGCUGACAUACAUCACACAAAGAACGAAAGAACACGUUCGAUUUGGACACCCGUUCAGCACGUAGGGGCGGCGCCUGCUCUUGUCUCUCGCCCCUCUGACCCCUCCUCGGUCGGAAGUAGACGUCUCUGUCUAUGUUCCGUUCCUUUUAUUUUUAAUGUAUUUUUUGUAACAGAUUGAAACAUGAAAGCCACGAUGGACGACUAAACCCAUCAGAGGGUGUUCGAUUUUACCCCUUUUCUUCACCCUUUGAAUCGGAAGGCCCGGAUGAAAGCCCUCUGUGGUUUUCUCCGCUUCACAGGGGAGGUAUCUGUAUCCAGUGGGCAGGCAGGCUCGACCCGGGGAGGACGGGAUGAAGAUCACCGAACCCUGCGGACGCCAGAGGCUGUCUUUUCUUUUGGAAAAGGCAGCCUCUAGGGAGGCCGAGAUGUGGAAGGCCUACGUGCCAAAGAGGCCUUUCUCACAGGAUACAGACAUCUCCCCGGAGCAGCGGGACGAGGCGGUGCGCUGGCUGACGGAGCUGCACGGCCGGCUGCAGCUCCACCCAGAGACCCUGGUGUCGGCUGUUAGCAUUCUGGACCGCUUCCUCGCCCCCAUCAAGGCCCGUCCAAAGUACCUGCGCUGCAUCGCCAUCGCCAGCUUUUUCCUGGCUGCCAAGACCUGCGAAGAGGACGAGUGGGUGCCGUCUCUGAAGGAGCUGGCCGCCACCAGCGGCUGUGGCUGCUCGCCGUCAGAGAUCCUGAGGAUGGAGAAGAUCGUCCUGGACAAACUGGGCUGGGAUCUCCACACAGCCACUCCGCUGGACUUCCUGCACAUUUUCCACGCCAUGGUCCUGGCGGGGCGCUCUGGCUCCCUGGACUCCACGCUGGGCCUGAGCCUCUCUCAGCACUUGGCUCUGCUCACUCAGAGGCUGUACCACUGCCUGGCUGACCACACGCUCCUGCAGCUCCGAGGAUCCAUGCUGGCUUUGGCCCUGAUCACCCUGGAGCUGGAGACCUGCUGUCCUGACUGGCUGGCGCUGACCAUCGACCUGCUGGGCAAGGCACAGAUCGACAGCUCGGAGCUGAUCCGCGGUCGGGAGAUGGUGGCACGUAGUCUGUCCACGCCGAGGGCCCCCCUGCCUGCAAACACCGUCUACAUCUGCCACGCCCUGCAGCUGCUGGCCCCCGCUCCCCGCCCGCCCCGGGCCUCAUCUGGGACCAUCGCCUCCACCUCUGACCCCACCAGGGACCACUCGCCUGCAGCUGCCGCUCUUCCAACGGCUGCCGAGGAAGAGGAGGGGAGCCGUGGCUCUUCCUCCUGCAACCUGCCUGCUCUCCUCCCUCUACCAAAGCAGCCCUGCCCCCUCAACCAGCUGGUGGCCACGCUGCGCUGCAAGGCUUCAACCAAACGCAAGGUGGAGCAGAUGGACGUGGACGACUUCUACGACGGCAUCAAGCGGCUCUACAACGAGGACAACCCCAAUGCCGCCGUCCAGGAGGGGGCAGCACUCGCAACGGGUGAAGGAGGGGGCCUCUCCGUCUGCAAUGCUGUCACGCUGUCCCGACAGGAAGCCGGCUCCACCCCCUGCCCCCCCCUUCAACCCGCCACUUCCUCCUAGAGACCAACCAGGAAGCCCUCGACCAAAACCCCCCCAACACCAGCCUGAGUUUGAUGGGCAGCUGCUUCCAGGAAGCUUUUAUUUAUGUCAUUCAGCCGCCGCCGCCGCGUUCCGCUGCUGAGACGGGAGUCUGGUGUUUGGGAGGGUUCUGGUCGUCAAGGCGACGCCUCCAGCCUGAGCUCAUCUCCCUUCAACCCCUGCAGCCGCAAAACAGAGCGCAAAAAAAUGUUCCUAAAUGUUUUAAAAAUGCUGCUAGAGUCAUAACUAUUCUGUUUAUUAACAGUUUCUAAAAGAAAAUCUAAAAAAAAGCUAGAAUCUUCCCACUGGAAGGUUCCCUUUAACUUAUAUUUGUCGCUCCUCAAACUCUUGUUUUCUCUCCGUCUGCUCCUCAUCCACGUUAAGGUUAUUUAGUCCGUGCGCGUCCACAUGGUCAUGUGACUAGGAUGUAGACUAGAAACCGGUUUGGUGCCAUGUGGUUCAUGCUCACGCGUGAAUCCUGACUUCCUGGAUUUCAGCGCGUCGGAGUUGAACUUUAGUUUGUCAUCAUUUGCUCACAAAGUCUUUGAAGUCGUUGGUUUUUGCCAAAUGAAAUGUGAGUUUGUAACAUUUUUCAUGUUCAGCCGACAGAGAUGAUGAUGAUGAAGGCUGACGCUCUGUGGACACGUUUGUGUUUGAGUGUGUGUGUGUGUGUGUGUGUAAAAGAAAAGCUGUUUAAUUUAUUCUUCUUCAUGUGAAAAGCUCGGUUGUCCUGCUGGAGGAGCUGCAGGGAGCAGCUUCAGGCUGUUGAACACGCUGCAACUUCUCUAAAUAAAGACUUGGAGAAUGAAAA